UUAGUGAGAGAGACGUACACUGCGACUGAAUCUCAACUCGAGAGGCACUACAACGACCAAUACCUGGAAACCGGUUGCAGUUCUGAAAGAAUAUAGCUACAUCUGAUUGCAUUUACGACUUUGAUUUUAAAAGAUAUAACAAUAUUUAUAAUUAAGUCUCUCUUAAAUAGUUAUUGAAACUGCAUUCAAUGGAAUACCAAAAGGCGGCAGAAUUAAACGGUUUGUGCAAUGGCAAAAUUGUCACAGAGUAUCUCUGUCGUAACGGCUUUAGCGAGCUGACAGUCGAUACGAAGAAAGUCGCUGUGCAGCACAAACACGAGACAUCGCGGAAAGAGGCGGAGGACGAGUCGCGGUUACCUGCUCUGGAGGAGGCGUACUCAACCAUCCUGCAAGGUCUGGGAGAGAACACGGACCGACAGGGGCUCCUCAAAACCCCGCUCCGUGCAGCAAAGGCCAUGCAGUUUCUGACCAAAGGCUACCACGAGACCAUCUACGAUAUCCUUAAUGAUGCCAUCUUUGAUGAAGACCACGAGGAGCUAGUUAUUGUGAAAGAUAUUGACAUGUUUUCACUUUGCGAACAUCAUCUAGUACCGUUUUUUGGCAAGGUUCACAUAGGAUAUCUGCCAAGUAAAAAGGUUGUUGGCCUCAGUAAGCUUGCAAGGAUUGUUGAAAUCUACAGUCGCAGACUUCAAGUCCAAGAGCGCCUAACAAAGCAAAUAGCAAUGGCUAUCUCUGAGGCCUUGCAGCCUGUCGGUGUGGCAGUUGUCAUCGAGGCAGCUCACAUGUGUAUGGUUAUGCGUGGAGUGCAGAAGAUGAACAGUCGUACUGUGACCAGUGCCAUGCUGGGCGCGUUCAGAGAGGAUCCAAAAGCUCGAGAAGAGUUCCUGGCCCUGACCAAAAGCGCACAGUGAUUACACUUUCUUCCCUGCCCUGACUCCAUCAGUGGGUUUACAGCCAAAUCAGUCAAUGGAUAUUCUCUACAUUUGAAAAAAACCCUCUAUGGUGCUAAGAGAAUCACACUGAGCCAGAGCUGUAGAUCUUUCCACCAGCUACUGAGAGUCAGCCUUCUGCUGACUCAGGGCUCUUCACUGUUUGCAUAUAUGAAAUGUGAAUAUUGAAGGAUCAGUGUUACAUGAACAACUAGGUUUGAGUAAAAGACCUUGAGAAACUAACACUGAAUGGCCAAACAUGCAAACAAACUAAUAGAAUUAUGUGUAACUUCUAUGAUCUUCUGUUAUUAACAAUUAAUAAAUUAACACAUUGCCUCAGAUACUUGUCUAACAAUAUGACUUUUUUAAACUUGACGAUACUAGAACUAAUUUGUAUAUAACUUUUAAAAUGUUUUUUUUUUGUCAUAUUCUGAUAUAUUUACUUUUGUCAUAUACUCUGAUAUAUCUGAAUAUUUAAGAAAAUUAUUAAUCAUUUAUAAUUCUAUCAAUGAAAGUUUUUUUUGUGUGACAUUACUGUGUGGCAUAAUUUAUAUUUGGUUACAAAUACACAACAUUGCCAUUAGGAUAUUGUCACUUUUUUUUUUACAUAAUAUAUGCAACUGAAUUGUAUAAGAAAACCAAUGUCAACUUAUGCCAAAUCCAACAAUAAAGCACCAUUAUGAAAUA